AUGGAGGGGGAAGGAGAGGGGGAGGCCGCCGCCGCCCCCGAGCCGGAGGCCACCGCCCCGCUUCCCCCUGAGCUGGAGGCCGCCGCCACCGCCCCGCUUCCCCCUGAGCCGGAGGCCGCCGCGGAGCCGGAGGCCGCCGCGGAGCCGGAGGCCGCCGCGGAGCCGGAGGCCGCUGUCGCCGCGGAGCCGGAGGAGGCGCCCGGGGAUGCGGCGAAGGGCGUGGAGGGCUCCCCCUCGGCCCCCCUCGAGGUCCGGCCGGCCGAAGGGGACGCCGAAGAGGGGGGGGCGGCGGCCGUCGUGGAAGAGAAGCCGCCGGAGCACUGCGCCGAAGAGCCUCCGGUGAGCGAGGGAGCCGCGGAGGAGGAGCCGCCGGAGGGCGACGGGCGAGGCGAGGCCAAGGUGCCCGAGGAGGCCGGCGAGGGCCUCCCGGCGGGGGAGAGGCCCGAAACCUUGCCGGAGGAGGCGCCCUCCAACGCGACGCUCCUGGCCGGGCUGCCCAGCACCGUCUCCUUCAGCCAGGGGGAGCUGGAGGAGCCGCCGCCGCUGCAGGUGGCCGUGGAGCUGGGCCGCACCAUCAGCCGCAGCCUCUGGCAGCUGGAGCAGCAGCGCGCCAGCCGCGCCUCGCUCUCCACCGGCCUCAGCCCGGACAGCGAGAAGGGCGGAGAGGCGGAGGAAGAGACCCCCGAGCAGCGGGAGCAGCGCUUGGCCGAGCAGCAGCGGCAGCGGGCCGAGCUGGUGGAGCAGUACCGGCAGCUGCUGGCCGAGCGCGCCCGCCUGCGCCACUACAACACCAAGCUGCAGGGCAAGCUGGGCGAGCUGCUGAAUAAGGGCAAGGAGCGGGGCCGCGCGGAGCUGGAGCAGCGCGUCUCGGACCAGGAGCAGCGCUACGACCGCUACCUCGCCAUGCUGCAGGAGCUGCGCAGCCAGCAGGUGGAGGAGCGGGCCUGGUACCAGCAGCAGCUCGACGGCCUCCAGCGGGCCUGCGAGGAGAAGCUGGCCAAGGUGGACCGCGAGUGGAAGGCCUGCCUGGCAGUCAGGAAGGAAGUGGCGGUGUACACCUUGGGCCGGCAGCUGGGAGGCAAGCAGGCUGCGAUCAAGGAAGUGGACCAGAUCCAAGCACGGGAGCAGCACAAGGAGAAGGAGAUGACGGAGGUUCGUCUAGAAAAUAUAAAGUUGAAACACAGGAUCCAAAAACUUGAAGCAAGCCUAAAAGCCCAGGAGGAGUUAGCAGAAGGUUUGCAUUUAAUAGACUUUGAGCAGCUGAAGAUAGAGAACCAGACAUACAAUGAGAAGAUUGAAGAGCGCAAUGAGGAGCUUCUGAAGCUCCGGAGAAAAAUCACAAACACAGUUCAAGUCUUGACUCAAGUAAAGGAAAAACUGCAGUUUGUGGAAGCACAGAAUCAAGGCCAGAAGGUUCAGCUAAUGGCAGUCGAGGCUUUGGUGGCCCAAAAGAGAGAUAUCCUAACUAAGACAAAACAAGCUCGGGAUAAGUUGCGAAUAGACAAUCAGAGACUCCACCAGAAGUGUGGCUUACUUGGGAAUACACUGUUGUUGAGAGACUUUGAGAACAAGGUGGCUACUGCUGAGUUACUGAAUGAGAGGCUGGAGCUACUGAAACGUCAUCACGCUGGACUCUCUCUUACUUGCAAAGGAGUCAAGAAGAAAAUCAGAGGGGUGAAAUCUUUUCUACCAUUCUAAAUUACUUUGGUUUACGUGUUAAAAUGGACAAAGUGGUGU